GCUGGUAACUGCAGUGCUUACAGUUUUAGACUCUCAGUGUUCAUCUGUUUGACAGUGUGGCUCUUCUGUAGGCUGCAGCUGGAUGCGGAGGGUGUGUAUGAGUGUUCAGACACGGGGCUGGUGUUCGAGGUCUCUCAGUGUGUGAAGAUCACCUACUGCGUUCUCUCCUGGAGCAAGUUUAGCACCUACUUGACUGGAUCCUGGAAAUUUGCUGGUCCCAUUUUCGAUGUGGACUGCGAUCCGUCUAUUCUCAAAUCCGUGCAGUUCCCGCACUCACUGUGUCUGGCAGCAGAUAAAGACAACGAGGUGAAGUUCAGCGUUCUGCAGGACAUCAGGAGGGCCGUUCGGCGGGCGAACAACUGUAAGAACAACAAGAGGUACAUACAAGUAGACAAGCCGCCCACAUACCUGACGGACCAGCAGCUGAUGCAGGUGGCCAAACGCAUGGGGAGGGAGUGGAAGGUCGUGGCCAUCAGCUGUCUGGGCCUCAGCAAGCAGGACCUGGAGGAGAUGGAGGUCGCCGAGGAGAGCGUGACCAUGCUGAAGUUCAACAUGCUGGAGCGCUGGAGACGACGACAGCCCAAGGGGAAAGCGGGAAUUCAGGAUCUCCUCAAGUGUUUGAAAGACAACGAUGACGUGCCGAAUGAGGUCAUUGCUGCGCUGGACGAGAUGCUACAAAAGAACUCAGCCACAUGAACAUUAGCUGUCUGGAGUCUGUGGACUGACAGAUGGUCAGGAGUCAUCUUAACCACUGUUCGAGAGCGAUGGAGACGUCCUGGAAGAGCAGGCCGGUCGCGCUCAAGUCUGGACGGAGAUGUUUGUGCUCCGACUGGAAUCUGGUGCUUUCAGGAAAACUGAGCUCUGAAUACACCAGACACGCUUAGUAUGUCUGUAGACUUGUACACUUUGCAUGCAUCUCUUUAUUUUGCGCUUGUGUUUGUAUAUAUUUUAAGAUACUGUACAUAUUUGAAUGUCUUUGUAAGGACUGUACAGUAAGUAGAACUCUGUUUGUUUUGUUGCAUUAUGAGAUUAAGUGAUCAUCUGCACUUGUUUUUGAGGAACAGGCUGAUUUUGAUCUCAGGUGCCAUCGGUCUCUGAUGGUUAUGGACUGACGUUAUAGUAAAUAUGAUAUCAUGAUAUUCAUGCAGAUACGGGCUCCUCCGCACAUGUGACUCUGGUGGAGAAUCUUUUCUCGGUCUCUGAAGCGUUUGUUGGGGAACCCGUACGAUGUGCUGUCUCAGGGGAGUCUUUAUUCGGACCUUUCUUUAAAUCAAUAAAUCAUGAAAAUGAAUGAAAA